UGUUUAAUGUAUGCCACUGUCACACUGACAUACGUUAGAUGCAGGUUUUACCGCAGAAGUAGUUGAACUUGAUGUAAGGUAUGUUGGUAUGAACUUCGUGGUAGGAUGCUCUAGUAAUAUUUGUUAGAAAAUGAACUAUAAAAAGCAGCAGAUACUAGCGGAACUACAUCAGUUAGCAAGAGCUUCGAUACAGGGCACAGUCAAUUCACCAACAAUCACCGAAAUGGCUUUUAAACUUUUCGUUACUUUAGCCGUCCUGGGCGUUGCCAAUGCAGUUCUGCUGCCAACGCUGGUUAAGAAAGUUGAACUGGAAGCUCCCGCCGAAUACCAGUUCUCGUACUCUGUGCAUGACGAACAUACCGGAGACAUUAAGAGCCAGCAGGAGGAACGCCACGGUGAUGAUGUCAAGGGACAGUACACGCUGAUCGAUGCCGAUGGUCACCGUCGUGUCGUUGACUAUACCGCCGAUGAGCACAACGGAUUCAACGCCGUCGUCCGCCGUGAACCACUGACGGGACACAAGCUGGUAAAGACUGUGGUUCCGGUUGCCAAGGUAGCCGUACCGGUGGCCCAUUAUGUAGCUCCGACCUUGAAGCUGGCCGUACCUGUUGCCAAAUAUGCCGUCCCAGUUACCAAGGUUGUUGCUCCAGCUCAUGUAGCUACUGUAAGCUUCUCUGCACCAAGCCUUGCCUACCAUUACUAAGCGUUAUUGUAUGGAUGUUCGUAUAGUGUCAGUACUUUUGCAAUAAAUUUAGCAUAGCAAGUUUCCAUUUUCAAA